AUGGCCAGUGAGAGCGACCGUAGACGGCUGGACGUCGACUGGAACGUCGAACAUCUAUACCCUUACGUACCGAGGCCGCCUCUCGAAAGAAGACCUCGUGAUGCGGACACCGUCGCGACCGUCCAUCCCGACUACGACACCUACAGUCGUUUUGUCGCCCAUCUGCCCACGUAUCUCACGGGCGCGCCCGCUCACACCACUAUGUCCGAAUCGCUCUUCCUCGAGCACGACCCGGAUCGGGAAGUCUCGUUCAGCCGCGGGCCGUACGGGUAUUUCGUUACUUUUGGUCAACGAAACGCGUGGCCAAGUACCGAUCCAGGUCCUUCUCCUUUCGAGACGGAAGCCCCCACAACCGCGCCCUCGGAGGUGUUCCUAGGAGACGACCAGGGGUUGUGGCCGGGCGCUACUUGGUACGAUCCCUCUCGGCCGGAGAGUCUGACGCGUCUAUGCCCCGCGCCAGGUUCGCGUCUAGCGGAUUGCGCUUUGUGGGCGUGGCCGUUCGACGACCGGCUGUUCCUCACCGCUCGCCAAUCGAUUGACGGCCAGGAUGCUCGAUAUACCCUGAGCUCGCAGGGGUUUGCCGCCCUCACCCACGUUUCUCGGGACGUAGUGGCGCUAUCCUGCGGGGCUACCCAAUUAUUCGACCAGGAGGUGCACGACACGGACUACUACAUUGCGCGGUUUCCCCCGGCGCAAGGAACUUCCCUAUCCCGAGAAGACUUGGUGCUGUGGAUGGACGAGUGGCGCAGUUCGGCGCUACGCGUAUUGUCGUGGGCGGUGCUUCUGCUACGCGCCGUGCCGCCUGAGCAACGCCGCUGGCUCGCUCCUCCCGGGUGGAUUUAUCCCUCGCACCCCGACUUGUCCUUCCAUGCCGCGGCCGCCGCUUACGGCGUAUGGGACGCCCCACUGGCCGAGGUUAUAAUCGAUGGAAGGAUGCCCGCCAAUCGGUGGCCCCCUCUUGCUCAUCGCGAGUUCGGCAGAGUACCUUUCCGAUGGACCUACCCGAGCUCUCUCCCUUCCGAAACCGCGGAAUCGGCGGCAGAUCUUACGCCUGCCUGGCUGGACCCGGGAUGGGAGGGAUGGGACCGCGUGCAUGACCUCGACGCGCUCAGCCUCGACCCUGCAGUACGUGCAGCAGUGGCAGAUGGCAUCCGACGGGACGUAGAGCUUGCUCGGUUCGGCGCCUGGACGGAGUACUACCUCGUCCGCGGAGGCGCGCAUGGCGAAGGCUCACGUUGCUUCUGGACAACCGUUCGGGAAGGUCGUCGCGACUGGAGCGGGAUCUCAAUUGCGCGCAUCAGUGAACACGAAGUCAGGAGGCGGCAUCUGCACGACCGCAUGCUGAUAUUGCGUAACUUCCCUUACGCGCGCGCGCUCACCUUCCUCGCCUGGAGUGACCGAAAUCGCACGGAUGAAUGGUCCAGGGAGAUGUUCGACUCCGACGUGGAAUCGGACGAGGAUGAGGACGACAUCUCCGAUCUCCCGGUCAUGACUCCGGUGAAUCCGGCGGGUUCCCUUUGGCUUCGUCACCCCGCACCACCUCGCCACGCCGGUCCAACUUACGCAGGGUUUCCCCCUAACCGCCUCAUUGCCCCAGUGGGACUCUUGACCGCCGAGUGGGAGGAUGCUUUGCGACAGCACUACGAUCGUCUGCAUGCGCCUGCUCCAGCACCGCCGUCUCCGCCGCUUACUGAUAUUGCUGAGCCCGCCGACCAGACGUGGCCGGGAUCUCCUGUCGCCCCGGAGGUGGACACGCCGCCCCCGACUACUUCCCGUCACGGCUCUGUGGCUCCCUUAGAGGUGCCCGGGCCGUCAAGCACGAGGGGACGCACGCUUGCUCGGCGCGCGUCCACUGAGUCCAUGGUCAGUCUGGGCGACGAAGACGAUACGGAUGGCCCGACUAGUGCGGAAGCCGUGCUCCCUGCCGCUGUGGACUCUAAGAAGCGGCAGCGUUCCUCCUCUCCUCCUGCUGUUCGUCCGGCUCCCGCUCCUCCUUCACGCGCUUCAUCCACCCCUUCGCCCACGCCGUCCAAGGGUAAAGGCAAAGCACGCACUACCGCGAGCGAGGACGAGCGCGAGCGCGAGCGUCAGGAACGGGCGACAAGGAGGGCCAAUGCCUCAACGAGACGUAGGCGAGAGCGUCGCAAGCGACUGGAGGCUCAAUACUUGUCUCGGCAGCCUCGCGCGCAAGUGACGUCCGAUACGGCCCCGGGCCCCUCCACGCGUCGGCAGGAGCCCGUCAUCCCUAAUGACCUCGUCGACGACUCGGAUGCCGAAGACCGAGAGGAAUCCCAGGACGGCCGCCAAGUCACGGGUGAACCACCCGUCAGCGAGCCUGAUUUGCUUAGCAGGAUGCGUCUCAACAUCCGUGGGGCAGCGGCAAGGGAGGCUUCGAUGCCCGCCCUAGCCCUCCGCAUGGAUGGCGCUCCCGUUGCUCUGCUGUCGGGGCCGUCGACUUCCUCCUCUUCGGAGGCGGCGCGUAUUCCGCCGCCUAUCUACAGCCCUGGGCGGCGCCCUAUGGCUCGUACGCCCGGCUGGACUGCAGCUCCGUCUCGCUGGUCGUCGAGCCCGUUACCCUUAGUGCCGACUGAUUGGAGGACCGAGAUCGCGGCUUUGUCUCCUCGCGUCGUAGACUCUGUGCCGGGCGUAUCCUGGCCCCAGGUUCAACUCCCUUCGGUGGAGACUUCCGUUGCGCUCGAGGGCAUCAUCGUGCUUUCCGAGCACGGGCUGCUGCGCUACCGUCAUUGGCGUUCAGCCCACGCCGAUGGCGCGACGGACGAGUUCGUGCGCUGGAUGGUACAACGCGGUGUUCGCUGGGACCACGGCGCCCGCGGUCGUAUAUCCGCACCUCCUACGACUGCCAGCUUUGCCGGCGCGCCCGAUGCGCCUCCGGCCUGGUCCGACUGGCUUCUACAGGUCGAGGAUCUGCUCGCCUUGCCCCGCGCUCGUCAUUUCAUUCGAGACGGGGGCAUUGCGUGGCGCCUCGCGCUCGAGUUCGGCCCUCCCAACCUCGUAGCUUCGGUGUUCUCUGGUCCGUCUACUGAGGCCCGAUCACCUUUGCCCGGUGAACAAUGGGCCGGCGAGGGCAUCGUCGUCGAUCGCCCAACCACGGAGGACUACGAGUUGCUGAUCGGUCGGGCGGGUGGUCGUUCUUGGUGGCCGCACCCGGAUGAAUGGGACGCCAAUGUCGGGCCAGGCGAGUGGACUCUGGGGCUCGAGCGCUGGUUCCAAGCGAGGCUCCGCGGCACGAACGUCGUCGACGGUCACGAUGUCGGGACUCCGCGUCUCCCUGUUGCGGACGGUGCUUGGCGCGCACACCUCAAUCACGCCCUUCACGCUCGCCAGCGCCAUCUGCUCUCCCAGGGCGAGGGGCGUGUGCUGCCGUACCUGCUUGCUUUGGCGGAAGUGUCGGACGCUAUGCGUCGCCUGGACUUGGAUUAG